AUGGUGCAUGAUUGGAAAGCUGUCCCAUCUUCGCCUCAUCUUCAAUGGACUCCAUGCUUUAGUAACUUCACAUGCGCCAAACUCGAAGUACCCCUCGACUACGGCGAUACCUCACGAGGAACUGCAGACAUAGCUUUGAUCAAACUAUCUGCACAGAACAAGACAAAAGAUACACAGGAUGUGCUUAUAAACCCAGGCGGGCCAGGAGGAUCUGGAGUAGAGGUCUUACUGAACUCAGGCACGGCUCUCACCCAGAUAAUCGGAGAACAGCACAACAUUGUCGGAUUUGAUCCUCGCGGAGUCAAUCAGAGCGGACCAGUCGUGAACUGCUGGCCCGGCCACCCAGAAAGGCGAGCCCAGUUUGAAAAGCUCUUCUACCCCGAGGUCUCAAAUGCCUCUUCCACUUCUCUGUCGACGCAGUUCUACGCGGCAGAAAUCUUUGGCAAGGCAUGUACUGCGACCACAGGAGGUUCGAACGGAAAUGCAUCGUUCGUCAGUACGCCUGCGGUGGCUCGUGACCUGCUCACCUAUAUCGAUGCGGCGCAAGCACUCUCAGGGAAGAAAGAGGGUAAAGCCAAAAUUUCCUACUAUGGCGUCAGCUACGGCACAGUGAUUGGCGUCACCUUUGCGUCUCUUUUCCCAGACCGGGUCGGGAAAAUGAUCCUCGACGGAACCCUCGAUGCGUCUGAUUAUUACAACCUGGGGUGGAAGACAAGCAUCUCCGACGCGGACAAAGCUCUUGAUUCGUUUUUCAAGUACUGCCAUCAAGCCGGAGCCGAGAAGUGUUCGUUCUGGCGCCCGUCGGCAAAGAGCAUCAGCAGUCGCAUGGACACGCUAGUGGCGAAGAUAAAGUCUCACCCGAUUCCCACCCCCAGUUCGAAGGCCUGCGGGAUCCCCUUACUUGCGACGUAUUCGGAUUUGAAGCAGAUCACUCUCCAGGCAAUGUACUCACCCUUGUCUAGAUUCCCAACCCUCGCCGAGGUUCUUUCGGGUCUGGAGAAAGGGAACACUACGGCGUUUAUAAGUGCCGUCACGGAUCUUGGCCUUCCGUCGAACCCAUGCAGCAAUGGGACUGAAGGAAGCACUGAAGACAUCAAUACUCUGAUCAAAUGUGUGGACGAGUACGACGGCCACAAGUUCAAGGACAUCGGCCAAUACCGGGACUAUGUCGACACUUUGACUUCGCAAAGCAAGUUCUUUGGCGAGGUGUGGCCUAAUAACGCCAAUACUGUUUCUUGUCGGGCGUUGAAGGUUGAUCCUCCAAAGAGCGGAAGGCUUCCUGGUUCUAUUCUGGAAACGAGAAAUACCUCGUUCCCGAUCUUGUUUGUCAAUGCCGAGAUUGACCCAGUUACUCCUAAGCGAGGGGCACAAAAGAUGGCGUCGGUGUUUCCUGGAUCCAAACUUUUGAUACAAAACUCUACUGGGCAUACUGCUAUUGCCAGUGCAUCAUCAUGCUUGAUGAAGAAUGUUCGGGCAUAUUUCAGCGGCCAUCUUCCUUCUGCCAACACCAUCUGUCAGCCAGACCAAGUACCAUUCCAGGGCUCUGCUGCUUCAGAUUUCGGGCUCCGACGAUAG